AUGUCCGUGAGGUGAGGUUAUCAAAAUGUGUCAAAAAUCAUCAAAAUACAAGUUGUAGGGCAACAAGUCAACAACAUAUAUUUUGUAUUUGUAAUUUUUAUCAAUGAAUAAAAGUUGGUUUGCUUAUUUUUAAAUUUCAAUUAUUAGAUCAAAUCAAACCUCAAAGUGCUUUUAUUAAUAUGAUCACUAUGGCGAACUUUAUAAAAAAGUAUAACAAUUAAUAUGUAAAUAAAUGUUUUGUACUUUUAAACUUCAAUAGUGAUAUUGAUAUCGCGCAUCGUAAUAAUCUCUGAGUGCUAUUCUGCUAUCUCCAGUGAUUGGAUCAGAAAUAAAGCUUCAUGUCUACAUAAUACAGGAAAAAAAUGAAUAAAUCAAAUGAAGGUAAAAGUGGUAAAUCUGACUCCUUGGAUGACACUACCAAGAGUAUAAAUGGAUAUUGUACAAACAAUAAUAUAGGAUCUGUAAAUGAAAGGACAGCUUUAAAAACAAAUUUUGAAACUACAAUGGAUACUAUUAGUGAAAUGAUGAAACAGUUAGAAAUUGCACCUCAAUCUAAAAGUGCCAUAACAGGAAGCAAUUCUAAAAAAAACUACUUAUUUUGUAAUAAACUGAAUGAAAGAGGGAAAAGUGUAGUAGAAACAAAUAAAUCUAUUUUUAAUCUAUCUGAUUUAAAAGAAGAAUUAUCGAAAGAAUUAUUACAAAAUGGCAAAAGUAUUUUAAGCACUGCAAACAACACUUCAAGCUCUUUUACAGGACUACUAAGGAACUCCAAAUUAACGUUUUCCAAAAACAGUUUUACAAGUAAUACAAUUCCUCAAAAUACUCAAGAAACAUCAGAUUCUGUAUCUGUUUUUGUAUUUGGUGAUAAAAAUGCUCAAGCUCUAAUAUUAAAUCCUAAAUCUCUUGGAAAUGCUGUGUCUUCUAUAAAAAAUCCUAAUAAUAAAUUUAGUUCUGAAGCUAAUUCCAAUAUGCUCAUAAUAGAUACAAUUCCGCAAAAUACUAAAGGUGAAACAAUACAAGUGGUACCAUCAAAUUUUAAAUUUGUUUUUAACAAAUCUUUAGUUCCAAUCAGUGUAACAGUACCAACAUCUACACUGGAUACUGAUAGUACACACAAAGAUCAGAAUAAAAAAAGCACAUUCAAUAGUACUGCAUUGAUAUCAUUAUUUCAAGAUACUUGGAAACUUGGAAGAUCGACUAUGGAAACUGCAGUACCCACUGUGACAAGUCCUACGGUAUCAUCAAAACCGUUCAGAAAUAUAUUUACUAUGUCCUCCAUUUUGUUGUCAAAGAAACCUUUAAUUUCCCAGAAUAAAUUACUGAAAAAUUCAUCUAUACCAUACAUUAUGUAUGUAGAUUUUAAGACAGUAAAACCCACUUUCAGGACUGCUAAACAAAAUACUGAUUCUAUUUAUAUCUUUGGAAGCAAGAAGAAUCCAGAAUCUAUAUUUGAUCAGAAAUCUCCAUGUAAAACUAAGAGUCCGUUUAAUAAACCUAAAUUAAUGUCUUUGUUUGCUGGUGAAUGGAUUAUUGGAACAUCUAAAACACCAAAGUCAUCUACAAUAAAGAGUCCUGAAGUUACUUCUCCAUUUAGAAACAAAUUCGUUGCAUCCGCUACGUUGAUAUCAAAGAAAAAAUUAUUUCCUCAAGAUAAUACAUCAAGAAUUGAAUUUAAAAACUUCGAUCCUACAGCAAGUGUUGAAUUCAAAAGUGUUUUACCCAAUUUCUGUUCAUCUAAUGAAAGAGGAUAUUUCUGUUCGGUGCAGCAAAGUUGUACACCUGUUUAUGCGUUUGGAGGCCCAGCGACUUUAGCUCCUAUUAAUAUUAGUCAUUCUUUUACUGCAUCUGAAGACAAGGCUACGUCUAUCACACGAGAUACUACGAAAAAGUUAACACUAGAGUUAGAUUGUACAAAGCAUGAGAAACUUGGAAAAUCUACUUCAGUCUUUCAGCAAAACAAAAAAUCACAAUUAGAAACCAGAUCAACUAAUGGACAACGAAAGAUUAAACUUGAUUUAUAUAAAUACGAAGAUUAUAAAAGUGCAUUGGCAAUGUUUGAAGAUGCAAUACAGUUGUGCCCGGAUAACGCUACCUUUUAUGUAUUUGCAUCUCAUUAUUACUCGAAACUUGGAAAUUAUGAUGAAGCAGUAAAUUACGCACAGAAAGUCGUCGCAGCCGACCACACGUUCACUUAUGGUUAUAUUUGGCUGGCUAGAUGUCACAUUGCCACAGGAAACGUACAUCUCGCCGAAGACGCUAAGGCCAAUGCUCGGGUCAAUGAACUCUCUGGGGAAGACGAGCGAAGCUUGCUACAGGAGGUGGAACGGUUGAUCCAGCUAUACCGAGAUAUACAACGGGACAUUUCUGUCAAAAACUUUGGCCACGCAGACUCAUCCGCAAACAAGUUCCUCACACUGUGUCCUUCAAAUAGAGUUAAAGCUAUAAAAGCAGUAUGUUUGACGUAUCAAAUGGAGCUCUACCGAGCGAUGGAGAUUACAAAGAAAUGCCUACAAACAAAUAGUUUGGAAGUGGAAGCUUUAUAUGCGAGAGGGCUAUGUCAUUAUUUUAACGGUGCUUUACAGAAGGCAACUGUUUAUUUUGAACAAGUGUUAAAUAUAUUUCCUUUACACAUGGGCGCGACUGAUUUAUUGCAGAAAAUUAAACGAUUCAUGACCUGGGAAGAGGAAGGAAAGGAAGCUUUAAAAGCGGGUGAUUAUAAUAAAGUCAUAAUGAUAAAUAAUGCAAUGGCAAAUGAUGAUAAAUUAAAUAAAAAGACAAAUGCUAAACUGUUUUGGAACAACGCAGAGAUGUAUUCAAAAUUAAACAACAUACCAUUAGCAAUCGAGGCUUGCACAUUGGCUCUAGAACAGAAUGUGUACUCCAUACCAACGCUGAGCAGGCGCGCUGAAUAUUAUAAAAAAAUUGGAAAAUAUAAGGAUGCACUGAGUGAUAUCGAGAAGUGCUACGAAAUUGACAAUAUUGGUUACGCUGAUUUAAUGUCGGAAACCAAGAAAGAGGCAUUAGAAAAAGAAGCGGUUUACAACAAAACAUUUAUGGAAGUGGAUUGUUUGAUUCGAAACGAUAAAAUUAUGAAAGCACUAAAGGUUAUGGACCAGUCCCUACCAGAAUAUACGUGUGAUGCAAAAGUUUUUUACACUAAAGGGUUGUGUUUUUUCUGUUUGGAAAAAUAUGAUGAAGCAGUUCAACAUUUUCAACGAGCACUAAAAAUUGACCCAAUACACGUUGAAUCCUGUGAAAUGUUAAACAGAACUAUUUCGUUGAAAAAUAACUUGGAACUAGGUAGAACUGCAUUGAUGGAUGGUCAAUGGAGUCAAGCUUUGCAUCAUUACAAUGAAUGUUUAAAAUGUUGUAUAGAAAAUAAAAAGCUAAGCGUUAGACUGUAUUGUACUACUGGCCGCAUAUGGCAUGUACAUUUAAAUACAGUACAUACCGCGAUUUUAGCAUACGGAAACGCUUUGAGGUUAGAUGACAAAUGUAUUGAAGCUCUAAGCGGACGAUCCAAAUGUUUCACCGCUAUUGGGCAACACGAAAAUGCUUUAUUAGAUUGUGAAAAAUUAUACGCAAUCGACAAAAGUGAUGAAACCAAGGAGUUGCUGCAAAAAGCGCUAGGAGCAUCCAAAAUUGGUCAAGCCAGAAUAAAAUUCGAAGCAGGACAAGACUUGUACAAGCGAAACAAAUUUAAAGAUGCAUUGGUUAUGUACAAAGAAGCAAUCCGUUUGCAUCCUGAAAAUGCCGAAUAUCACAGCAAUUCAUUUUCCUGUCACAUGAAGCUAGAAAUGUUCAAGGAGGCAUUUGUUGAUGCCAAGAAAGCUGUUGUACUUUAUGGAAAAUGCAAUGACACUAUACGUGGCAUAGCGAAAUGCUUUAUCUAUAUAGGAGAAUUGUCUGGCGCCGAGCGAGCUAUUGUGAAGGCUAGCGAGGCCGGCGAGGAGUGCAUGGAGGAGCGCCGGGCGCUGCAGACGCUGCAGCGGCUGCACGCGCAGGCGCAAAAGCACAUCGAGGAGCAGGACUACCAGCGCGCCGUAUCCUGCAUGAAUCAGUGCCUCGAGUCCAGCCCGUUCAGUUCCAAAGUAAAACUCAUAAAAGCCGAGAGUUUGGCGAUGCUCGGGAAAAUAGAUCAAGCGCAGGAGAUAGCAGAUGAAUGUUUAAGAUUCGAUCAUACGGACGUAGAGGCUGUUUAUAUUAAGGGACUGUGCAUUUACUAUCAAGAAAAUCUAGAACAGGCAAUGAAACAUUUUAAAGAAGUCUUACGUCUUUCGCCAGACCACCGAGCUGCGUCUGCGGCGUACAAUAAAGCUAAAUUGCUUAGGAUUAAUAAAGAAAAAGGGAAUGAAGAAUUCAGAAUGAACCGAUGGCGCAAGGCAUUGGAUCUGUACAACGAAGCGUUGACAAUUGACCCGACACAUGUGAAGAUCAAUGCUAAACUGCAAUUUAACAGAGCGACCGCGUACUCGAAACUGAACGAACUGCAGGCGGCGGCCGACGCUUGCACGGCGGCACUGGACUUGGACCACAAAUAUGUGAAAGCGCUGACUCUCCGCGCCAAAUGCUGCACCCUACUACAGGAGUAUGAAAGCGCUGUCGAUGAUUAUGAAGAAUUGUACAAACUUGAGCCAAAGGACGAAAUCAAAAAGCUCUUGGAGGAAGCCAAGGCGCUCAAAAAUGAGAAAUCGAAACAACAAAAGAAUUAUUAUAAUAUACUUGGUGUCAAAAAAGCUGCGACGAAACGUGACAUCGAGAUUGCGUACAGACAACUUGCUAAAGCGCAUCACCCAGACAGACAUCCCGGCUGUUCGUUGUUUAAGCGCAAAAAACAGGAGCGUCGCUUCCACGAGAUUGACAAUGCAUACAAGGUGCUUAGUGAUCCGGAAAAACGCGCGGACUACGACAGAUAUGGAGGUAACUAUCGGAGGAAGUGAGUUGAAGUCCUAUUUUGUAACAAUAAGGUUUGCUAAAGUGAUGUAUUUUAUAGAGUACUUAAAACAAGUUAAUGUUUUGAUAACUUUAUUGCAUUUUUCAUGUAUUUACUUACAUUUAAAUGAAUUCCGUGCCUUUACAUUUAUGAAUUAAUGUAAAUCAUCUACCUCGGUUUAUAUUAUAAAAAAAUAUUUUCAACAAAGUUGAUCUAAACUUAAGGUCUAGAAUAAUAAGAAUAUGUUAUUAAUAUUGUUAACCAUUGUCAUUAUCAGCCUAUUUUUAUUACUCGACUGCAACAAGGGUUAUGUUUUUCGCGCGUAUAUUGUAUGUAUGUAAUAUUCUAUACAUCCUCAUAACUUCCAAACCGCUGAACGAAUUUACGUAAUUAAGAUAUCGUUAGAUUUUUCUUAAUAACCCAAGUGUUCUUAGAUAGGUGAAAUUAAAAAAAAAAAAACAACACGGCUGAGAGUCGCUAUAAACUCGACGUGAUUUUUUUUCCGAAUAUUGCGAUAUGGGUAUUAAAUUCAAGGGCUCAUCAAGAGGAUUUCAAAAUGAUAAUUAUAAUGGCUAUAUUAAAAAAAUGUACAAUUAGAAAAACUUUUUUUAUGAAUCGUUAUACAAAAUACGCGAGGCGGAUGACUAGGUGCGAGCAGGUUAGACAGUCGAGUUUUUUAAUUUUUUUAAUUAUUUAACAGAUCUUGAUCACGUGACCUGUCGAUAGCGAAUGUCAUUCCCAUACAUUUUUCUAGUUUUCGAAGCGUUAGCGAUCGUAGAAAGAGAACCGACGUGCCACUUGCGGGGGCAGGCCACUCUCUUUAUAGAAGAGGGGAUAUGGAGUUUAGACCCACAACACUGGUCCAAUGCGGGUUGGCAGGUUAUAUUUUAAAUAGUUUGUAGAUAAUUUAUAUGUUUUGUUCAGUUGUUAUCAAAAGGCUGCCCAUCCCAAAAUGUUGCUUCACCGCUUUGAUACACCGGCGAACUUUUUGAGCAAAAAUAGUGAUGAAAAAUUAUUUAACCUUUAAGUACCGACGUGCAUUUUUUGUAACGUUAGUAUCGAUGUGCGGCCUGAGAGGCCGCGUAUAUAAUAUAGAGUUAUUUAAAUUAAAUGAAGAGUUAAAUAUUUGUUCUUGCAUUAUGAUGAAAAGUAAAGGGUUUUAAUAAAAAAUAAGUAUAGAAUCAACUUUAUUAAAUUUUUGAAUAAAACACUAUUUGGGUUGAUUUUUUGGAGAAAUAUCAGAUUAAUUGUUUUGCGCACAGCAAACAAACAUGAUUUUGCACGAAUUACAGGUCAAUUUUCUUUUGAGUUUCGAUUUUCUUUCGUUUUAAUUCAAAAUAUUUGUGAAAAUAACACUACUAUAAAAUAAUAAAAAAUUUAAUAAAAAAAAUACAACCGACUUCAAAACCUACAAACGUACCCACAAAACUAAAAAGCGAAAAAUAACAUCAUAAUAUGUUCUACCUGCUGAUCAGUAUGAAGGCGGUGCUAAGCCGGUGAUGUAUUAAUUCAAGCCAUGUGAGAAUAUCUUAUAAAUUUAGAUUUUACAGACAAAGUUGUUUCAUGUGGUCCUGUCAGAAAUGGCUUAAAUUAAGACAACACCGGCUAAGCACCGCCUUCAUACUGAUCAGCAGGUAGAACAUAUUAUGAUGUUAUUUUUCGCUUUUUAGUUUUGUGGGUACGUUUGUAGGUUUUGAAGUCGGUUGUAUUUUUUUUAUUAAAUUUUUUAUUAUUUUUCCAUUUUUAGUGUAAAAUUUCAUCUCAAACGAAUUCAUCAGAUCCCUAAUGACAGUCACAACCCAUCUUGGUACAAAAUUCUCAGCAAUACAAAUUAAUCAACCCCAAGCACGAGGUAGCUACCGUAAACCGUUAAGGAGUUCCCUUAAUUGACCUUGGUCUUCAUCAUCAGACCCCUAAUAACAGACACAACUCAUAUAGGUAGAAAGUUCACAGCAAUACAAAUUAAUCAAGGCCAAACACAAGGUAGUUACUGUAAACUGUUAAGGAGUUCCCUUAAUUGUCCUUGGUCUUCAUCACCAAACCCCUAAAUGACAGUCACAACCUAUCUAUGUGGAAAGUACUCAUUAAUACAAAUUAAUCAAGCCCAAACACAAGGUAACUGCUGUAAAUCGCCGAGGAGUUCCCUCGUCUGUUUUAUGGCUCCAUCAUCAGAUCGACUUUAAACCUUCAUGAAAUUGUAGUGCUUAAAAAUACUAAAUGGAAAAGUUUACGAACACACUAGACACCCAUAUAAUUUUCGAAAGUUCCCCUCAAUUUCUCCAGGAUCCCAUCAUCAGAUCUUGACAUGAUGGCAAUGGGACCAAAUGGGGACUAUACCGUUUCAAACAAAAAAAGAAUUUUUGAAAUCGGUCCAGGCGUCUUUGAGUAAUCGGUGUACAUACAUAAAAAAAAAAAAAAAAAAAAAAAUACCGACCGAAUUGAGAACCUCCUCCUUUUUGAAGUCGGUUAAAAAAAAAACUUAGUUUAAUACCGACGUGAGGCCUGAGAGGCCGCGUCGGAAUUUCAAAGCAUAAUUACUCACAAAAUAUGCGCACGAUAACAACACUGCCUGUUUCGAUGUCGUGGGCACUGACCUUGCAGCUUCUAAAAACAGGGGAUCGGUAUUGUGCGGCGAAAAGAAUAAACUAACAAUUCAAGUUGCCAGGGCCUCUCGGACCGCACGUAGGUACUUAAAGGUCAAACAAAAUUAUAAUCAAAGAAUUAAUGAGCAAUCUGAUUAAUUAAUUGUUAUUAAUCAUUAACUAAUUUGUUAGUCACCCAAAGACCCAAAGUCCAGCAAACUGAUGUGAUAAGCUCUACAGCGAAUUCGAAGGAUAAUUUCAUACCUGAUUUAUUUUAAAUUAUAUUGUUUUUUUUAUUAAAUGUUACUUAUUCAAAAUGUUAUAUACUUACACGUAUAUCUAUUUGUUUUAAGCCUAUUAAUCAAAUUUAUUUUUAUUAGUUUAGGAACAAGUUAAAAUUAUUAUUAGGUGUAAAAUGAUUAGCAAUUUAUAUUCCUUUUUUUAUUUUGUUUAUUGAUCAACAUUGCACUUCGGCUUUAGUACCUAAAUGUAUCCAUGGAGAGAAGCCAUUAUUAUAUUAGAAAAACAAUUAGUUAUUCUUAAUUUAAAGGAGAUGAUCCAAAAUUGUCUGGAGCCCAAGAUCAGUCAUUGCACCCUGGCGGAAAUAAAAGAAAAUAAAUAUUUUAACUAUAUUCGAUUAUACAAAUCUACGAAUUAAUUUAAUUCUUUCGAAAUAAUAUUAAUUCUCUACCAAGAAAUGCAACACUAAUAAGAGUAACAAUGGCGGAUUGAUGACGUUUUCAACGCAAUAGUCGUUUUGACGUUUGCUGUCAAAAGUCAUGUCAUAGUUGCUUUAAGGGCGCCAUCUUAAUAUAAUUCAAAAACUUGGAUUUCAAUUUUAUUUAUUUCUUUUUAUUUAGUUACACUUAUUCACUUAUUUAGAUUUUAACAAAUACCCUGUAUUUUUUAAAUUUUAAUGAUACGGGUAUUACAGUGGACCUGAAAUGGACCAUCUCCUUUACAAAUAACGUUUGUGAUUUGUGAUAAUAUUCGAUAUUACAAAUUAUAGAUAUAUCACAGUCGUCUGGAUAAACUAACCAGCUAAUUGAACGUCUAGGCCGAUCAAUAAUCGCCGGCAUUUCUUCCAGAUGGCUGCGAUAUUAUAUACAUAACUUUGUACAUAUUUACUAAUACUACGAGUACACACCCCAGUAAAAGUAGGAUACCAAAGAUUUUGUACAGUAGGUAUCUGUUUUUUUUUUUAAGUCUUAAGUCUGUAUAGUAACUCAUCUGGCCAUAAGUAUAUGCAUAAGUUAUGUUAUUAUCAAUAAGUCCUUUUUUAUUUGUAAUAACCCAUAUUCGGCUCACUGCUGAGCCCGAGUCUCCUCUCAGAAUGAUAGGGGUUAGGUUAGUCUACCUCGCGGGUCCAAUGCGGAUUGGCAGAGUUCACACACGUUUCCUCACGAUGUUUUUUCUUCACCGUUUGAGACAGGUGAUAUUUAAAUUCUUUAAACAACUGAAAAGUUGGAGGUGCAUGCCCUGGACCGGAUUUGAACCCACACCCUCCGGAACCUCAGGCAGAGGAUUUGAUAGUUUGCAAGGUAAGUCCUUGAUUUUUUAUUUGUAAUAAUUUGUAUGUGGUACCUACACAUACCAAUUAUUACAAAUAUAUACUACCAGAAAAUAAUGGAAUGUAACGAUACCUCAUUUAUAAUUAUGGUUAAAAAUGUGAUGCCACGUGGGUGCUUUCAUUGGAAACGUUGACCAAUCCCUUUGAGAUAUAACAACAUGCAUAUUAUAUAAGUAUAUUUGUUCCUCGUUUAUAGAUCUACAAGAAAGAAUCUGUUACUUAUACCCAUGUUUUAUGUAUAUCUUAAUAAUUUACCCAUUUUACGUAGGUAUCUUCUAAAAAAUUAUAAUGAUAUUGAACGUUAACAUCGAUUGUCUCGCGAAAGAAGUCGCUCUAGCUAUGAAUGUUACUUAUAUACACUAAAAGUAUAUGCUAAAUAUUGCUGUGAUGAUUGUUGAUGUUUAUAUUUUUUAUAAUGUGCAUGCUAUUGUGUAAGUGGUUAUAUGCAAACAUGCUAGGCUAUAACCGUAUUUUAGUUGUAUAAGUUAGAAUAAUGUUCGUAUUUUCGAUUAUUUCCCAAUAUCGUUAUUAAAAGUAUGCAUAAUAUGAUAUAUUCAUAUUUGCUGCCACAAAUAUAACCCAGACCCCGGCAAGUGUUGUCUGCGCAGGUACAAUGUUAAAGAAAAGUGUUAGCCGUAUCCACCUUGGUGAUUUCGUAUGCUUUUGCUUUCAAGCCCUAUCUCACCACUUUAGGGGUUGAAUUAAAAAAAAAAUCACAUAUGUCGUAUUUUUUUACUUUUUACAAACUUUCAACCCCUUUUUAUUUUAUUUUCGCAAUAAAAAGUAUCCUAUAACCUUCUCCGUAUUAUGGUCUUAAACCGUGCAAAGUUUCCUUUGAAUUCAUUCAUUAGUUUCAGCGUGAUGCCCGAAUAACAAAAUAACACGGACAGACAGACACAAAAAAUCGAAUAAAAAUAUUUUUAGAUUCAGAAUGUACACAGUUCGAUCUGUUACAGUUUUAUUAUAAGUUCUAGAUGGCGCUAGUAGUACGUUUGUUGUUACAAAUGGUAUAAAUAAAAUCUCAAAUUGCGAAGUAUUUUUUGAGCAAACACGGAGCAUGUGUUUAACACUUUUCUUUAUAAUUGUACCUAUUGUUUAUACACAAUUCCAUCUUUAAAAAAUAUUUUCAUGGGUUUUUAUGACCUGCUUUUGAAUUUGUAUUGAAUUAGAAUGAUUUUUAUUGAUUUUAUUAAUAAAAGAAUGUUAAAAUUA